CAGCUACUCCCGUCUUCAGACAGCUCAAUUCCCUAUGAUUCUGUAACUGAGCCCCAAGCUCCCUCCUCCCCUCCUAUCUCACUCCCCGAGCAUCCGACCCACUCUUCACCUCAAAUUGCUAUUGAGAUGGAGCUUGCUGGAGGCGAAAGCCGACCUCCUUCAUCCCCUACCCCCACGCCCCUGCUCGUCGAACCCUCCAUCUCAGAUGAAUAACACCUCCCUGCAUCAGUCUCAGAUCCUCCGCUCCUUACUUCAGCCGGUUAUCUCGGCAACAUCCAACGAGAACAUGUGUGCACCUCGUAGUCCGAACAACGUAACAUCAUCCUCAUCUACAAGUUUAGUGUCUGUGCACACUGCCCCAAUUGUUCAUCCAUCUCUGACUGCCCCGACGUCAGCUUCCAUGAAUCCCUCAGCGAGGCCAUUCAUCCCGCAGUCCCUUCCCCCUCAGCACCCUCCUGCUACAUCACUUCCCUCUUCCCCUCCUUUGUUGGAAUCACAUUCAUCACCAGCAACGCAUCCUCUCCAAUCUCAGGUUCAUCGCCUGCUCUCCCAAUCUAUGCAGUCACUCAGAACUGAGUUCAACAUCAGACUCCUUUCCCUAGAAGAAGACCUUUCACGGCUGUCCUCCCAAGUUCAAUCACUCUCUCAACGACUACAGGCAUCCUCUACCCAUUCCAGACCCCCCAAUCGCGAUGUUCAACCUCUGAACUCUUCUUCCCAGCACCAACCUGUAUCCAUUGCUAUCCCCCCCAGUCAUCUACCCUCAGUUCAACCCACCAUGCAUCGCGAAGGCAGUACCCUCCCUCAAGGAGUCGGGCUAAUUCCGAGUAGUAUGGGGCACUAGGAGAAGUGACUCACCGCAAGUUAUCCUCAAAGCAAUUUGCGCUCUCCUCCCUAACUCAAGUUGGGACCUCAUCACCGUCAAAGGCUCCACCCGACACACAUCCUCCCGACCCAUAUGGUGGCAUACCAUCAUGGCUCCCACUGAAGUGAUGGAGCAAAUUACCCAAGUGUGGCACAUUCUUGAAUCUAAAACCUCAUGGUCCCUCCGCCGUUCUCUUUCUGACCGCUCAGUCCAUCCUCCCCAGCCACGGGAAUCUCAGCUCGUUAACCCCACCCCUAACGAUGAUGCCCCUCCGCCCACGGCUCUUCCUUCAAUGCCACACCCCUCACCAACAUCUGCCCAAUCCUCUGCUCCACCGCCACACCCCUCUACUGCAUCUCUCUCCUCAGCCCCCCGUCCAGCACCACCCCAGGUCCCUUUAUGAAAGCUCGGGGAGUUCGCUGUACUCUCACCCCAAGCUCAUCUUUUUUAUCUCUCAGUCCCCCCCUGCUCCCGGCCUCUCAGUCACCGCUGCUGGUGGGGGACGACACCCCUCCCUCCUGCUAGUCCCCUCCCUAGGGGACUUGGGGGCUCCUACUCUUCCAUGCCCUCGUUUUCUUCUAAUCCCCUCUACUUCAUCUGCCCCCCCUUCUCUCUCCACUCCCCUUCUCACCCGUCAGUGCCCUGCUCCCCAGUCAGUAACCCCUCCCCCCCCUGACACGAGCCAUCUGAAACUCUGCUGUUUAAAUGUCCGCGGUUUGUCAUCUAACCUCUGUUACAUCAAUCAUCUUCUUGACCACUUCUCUCCUGAUGUUAUUGCACUCUCGGAACUCUGGCUCCAUGAUUACAAUCUUCACUCUAUCCACCAGAUUAGCUCUAACUACAAGUUCAUUGUUGCAUGUCCUCCUCGCCAGGAACAUCCUCGCUACUGUACACCCCUGCUACUCAGAGGCCAUGGCGGGGUGGCUAUUGGCUGGCAUUCCCGCAUUGAUCAUCUACUCUCUCCUACUCCAAUAAUCUCAAAUCAUCGCCUCAUUGGCCUCAGCAUCCAGACACAUACAUCUCCUACUCAUCAGCUGUCCAUCUUCUCUGUCUAUCUGCCGAGCCGUUCCGGAUGCACUGACAGUUUCAGAGAAGUCUUGGACGAACUGAGCGCAACCAUGGAUCUUCUCCCAUCCCUUGCUGAAGUCAUUAUCCUCGGCGAUAUCAAUGCUGAUCCAGGCUGCCAUGGUGGCCCUCUCUCUACAACCCCUGAAAAUGAACAAGGCCGAAUCUUGUCACAUUAUUUAUCGCAGUGGAACUUUCUGUCUAUGCACCUCCAUAAGUCCCCCCUCUCCUCUUCCCACACAUUUGCGAGCGAGGCUCACGGCACUCUCUCUACAAUAGACCACAUCCUCUGCCACGAGAGUCUCUUACCCAUAAUCGAGUCAGCACAUCCUCUUCCUGACCACCCGUUGAACACCUCCGACCACCUGCCAGUUACUGCUACUCUUCUACUUCGCCUCCACCCGGCUCUUAUUCAUGUACCUGAGGCCUGUGGCCGAGCUCCUACAUUUACUCCGAGGAAUUGGGCUCGCUCAUCCAAACAGCAGAUUCUCUCUCUUUACACUGAGCCCCUCCGCCAACCCUUCUCGAAUUUACUCCGAACUCUCCCCUCAGUUUCCGAUCUCUCCCACCGGCCCAGUCUCAUCGACGACCACCUGGCAACAUUGUCGGAGCUUCUGCUCUCCACCUCCAGGCAUAUUCCAUCUAAAGCAUUUCAACGCUUCAAGCGUCCUGGCUGGGGUCCAGCAUUGAAAGUGUCAAAAAGGAGAUGCAGACAGUCAUACUACCUAUGGAUUCGUGCCGGCAAGCCCCGCGAUACUGGCCACCCAGCCUGGCUCGCCUACAAAUCGGCAAAGAAACAAUACAGAUCUAACAUCCGACUCCACAAGAAGCUUUCCGAUGAAUCAUUCUAUAACUCCCUCGAUCUUGAACUUGACUCCCGUAGAUUUUUCCAAGCCAUCCGGAACCAUACUUCUCCCCUUCCCCGC